UUAUAGUAUGUAUGGAACUCGGGGUGAAACCCCAAACAUGAUAAUCAUCAAGGUACUAGUUGAACUUGCCAUAAGCUAAUAUAGGCAAGUUUCCUGAUCAAAUUAUUCUGACCUAAAUUUCAAUCAUGGAUAUCAUUCUGCAGAUAAAGAGUUCAGUUCAUGUGAAUGAUAUCAAUGAUUCAGUCCACUUCAUACUAUAUGUAUCAAUAUCACUGUAUCUUUGAUAAUCUGAACUGAAAGUUAGUCAUAUAUAGAAGUAACAGCCUUCGAGAGCCCUAUGGGGCUUCCUGUCACGCAGAGUUCCACCAUUCCAAAGUAGGUGCUGGGAAAAAAGUGAUUUUUUUGUCAACAGAGUGAUAGAAAGGAGUGAACCUUAGAAAAAUGUCUUGUCAAGCAGAUUGUGAAGAUGCAAAGGAUGUAUUAGAUGAGCUUCAGAAAAAUAGAUUAUAUCUUCUGUUCAUUGAGAGACAAUGUGCGGAGCAUGUCAAAGUUCUGAAAGACAAUGAAGUCAAAAUUUCUCAACAGCAGGAUGAAAUGAGAAAUACUAUUGAUGCUCAUUGUGAGAGGGUUAUAAAUAUUAUCAGACAGCACCAAGCAAAAUUACACAGCAAAGUUAACACAGUAGCUGAUGAAGAUAUGCGUCAAGUGAAAACCAAGAUGGCUGAAUUGUCGUUGUUUCAGAAUCAGAUUGAGGGCUCCUUGGCUUUGGCCAGCAGCGUGUCACAUUCCAGAUCAAAAGCUGAAGUGAAAAGAGUUGCCCAACAAAUCUAUGACCAGAACAAACUUUUGAAAGAAAAAGAUGCAUUGAAACAUCAUCCAGUUUCUCCAAGGUCUUUCAAGUUUAUUCCAAAUGACAAAUUCAUUAAAGGGGUCACUGAUGACAUGACAUCUCCAUUGGGAAUUUUAGAAUUAGGGUUAACAGGAAAAGAAAGUCCUGAGUCAACUGUCCAACUGCCUGUGACGCCAUCUAUUGAGAGUGACACUCCUUGCAGUGUCACACCUAGCACAAUCACACCUAACACAUUACCGUGUAAUCCAACACAUUCCUGCCAUCAGCAACCUGCCACUACAGUUAGCCAGGGUGACAAAGCACAACCAAAUGUGGGACCAGGAAAACAGGAAAUGUGCACUAUCAGACCUAAAGCCACCAUAGUCCAAGAAUUUAAUGCUCGGUCAAAGUCAGAUGCCAAUGAUCCUUGGAUUGCAGGUGUAGCUAUUGCCAAGGACUCCACCAUGCUUGUGACGGACUUCAACAACCACAAAAUCAAAGUUUUCAAGAAGAGUGGCAAUCUUAUUUAUGAAUGGUCAGGGGAUGGUGGACACCAUCUUGACCACCCUUGGGAUAUAUCCUGUGGUCAAGAUGGCAACAUUGCUGUGGCCAGCACCGGAAAUGAUAGCCUUUUUAUAUUAGAUUCCACAUUCCAAGUGAAAAAAUCCCUUGUAGCGCCAAAGUGCCGAGGUGUUGUAUGGCUCAGUCAGAAUGAGUUAGCCUUUGUGGGGGAUUCCACCAAAGCAGUCACGUUGGUCAACAUAAAUGGGGCCAAGCUAAAAACCAUCGCCAUUGACAGUCAAGGAAAUCAGCUUUUUGACCACCCAUGGUUUCUCACCAAAACUCGCAAGAAUGUGAUUGUAGUUUCCGAUAAUGGAAAAUACUGCAUGUGUGGUUUGACACUAGAGGGUGAUGUUGUGUUUCGAUAUGGUCGCAAAGGGUCUGGUGAGGGUGAAGAAAUGAGCGAACCAAGGGGCGUCUGUGUUGAUAAGUUAGGGAACAUUAUGGUUGCCGAUUGGGUGACACAUCGUGUUCACUUGGUGUCACCUGAUGGGAAGUUUAUACGUGACCUGGUUACCAAGGACGACGGGUUGCAGUAUCCUAGAGGUAUUGAAGUUGAUAGCGAUGGCCACCUGGUUGUGACAGAGUGCAAGGGAAAAAUACAGAUUUUUAAGUACAGAGACUAAAGUCGUAUU